AUGUCUGCUCCCAAGUUCCAGUCCGCGUCUUACAAGCUUUUCGAGCCUGACUACCACCCUCAGAAGCCAAUUAUUGUUGGCUUGGACGACAGGCUCGAAUCGCCGGAGACGCUCACCCUCAGAUACGAAGAAGCUGCCCGCGCAGCAAGCGGGGGAGACCCAAGGGGGGACUCCCCGCCUAGAAUUCUAGAUAUGGCAGCCUACGGAAAGCAGGCACCGCCGCUACCUUCGAUGCAUGGUUACGAGAGCACACGAUAUCAGCCGGCAUCCUACGACGCCUACUCAACGCAGGCGUUUCCUCCAUCCACAGAGAAAUUUGCGCAGUUGAACCAGCAGGCAUUCUCGUCGAACAAUGCCGUGAACACAGGGGUCUCCCCAUACAUGCCCGCGGGACCGGCUGUUCUUUCGUGGCAACCACAAUCUGGAGUCUAUGGAACCAAGGUCUUCCUCAAGUUUUCAGCCCAGUAUGAUCUUUUUGGGCUCCCCUCUGCGAUCCCCUACUUUUACCUGCAGUUUGGUUCAGAGAAAUGCCCGAUGCACGACGUGACCAGGGACAACCAGGAUACAAAUGGGUUUGUCUACUCGUGCAGUGCCGACGCACCUCAGUUCCUGGUCACAGGUAGCGAAAACAAUAACGUGCCACUGGUACUGCUGAUUGAAGGCGCGGCAGGAGAGGAGAUCUCGAGGACAGCAGUCGGCACUUUUCAAUAUGUCCCUGGGUCGGGGGAUGACAUCACGCGCCCAGGUAAAGGUUCGAAUGAUGGCGCUGCAGGUGGACCGCAGACUCACGAGAGCGUGUCACCGAAGACUGAGCCGCCCUUGUCGGCAGCGGGAGACGCAAGUACAAAUAAUUACGAGGACCCUUCGCCGCAAGGGCCAUACCCAAAUGCGACGUUCCCGCAAGGAGCCCCAGAUAUGAUCAGCACAUACAGAAGUUCGAGCUUUGCCGACCCCCCUUAUCAUAGGCGGUCGGCCCACGGUUGGAGCGGCUUUGCCGGAACUCUGGCGAGCACAGGAAGGAGUCCUAUUUUAGGCCAGCCAGGUAUUACGGGACGAAGCGCUCUCAGUUCGUUGCCUAUGCCCGCCUCUGGGUCCGGGACGCCACAGCUUGUUCGCACAAGCACGAUUUCCAACCCCGGCGGCAGUGGCCACUAUCACCAUGUCUCUCUAUAUUCGGCUAAGGCCGUUCUCAAGAUCAACGGUAGACUGGAGACCAUGACGGAGAAUUGGACCCCAGAGGAGUGGUCUGCUCGUCGUCGUAUCGUCAUGUUCCGUCGCUCCCAGCAGGGAUCGACACUUACAGCCACUUUCCGGUCUGUUGCUGUAAACGAGCGACCACCCAACAGCAUCUGCAUUUCAUGUAUCUACUGGGCCGAGCGUGACUCAUACUUUGUUACCUCCGUCGACACUAUCUACCUCCUGGAACAGCUUGUUGCAGCACCAAGCCGGUUUAGCGUUGAGGAGAAGAACCGCAUUCGACGUAACCUCGAAGGUUUCCACCCACAAACCGUUUCCAAGGUCAAGGCCGAUAGUGAGGAGUUCUUCAAGCUCAUCAUGGGCUUCCCUAACCCAAAGCCCCGCAACAUCGAGAAGGAUGUCAAGGUCUUCCCUUGGAAGACGCUCGAGGCUGCGCUCAAGAAGAUUAUUGGAAAAUACAGUGCCAACCCCAGCACGCCUGCCAUGAUGACACCCACACCAUACACUCUCCCAACACCCCCUGGACCUGGCCAGAGCCUGUCGUCCCAGGCGAGUGAUCACCACAGCCAAUAUUCUGUACACACCAGUCACCAUGACGCGAUGCCAUCGCCAAGAUCUCUCUCAGGGUCACAGCCAGCAUGGACACCCUACACAGCUGCCCCGGCUUAUACAGCUGCGCCAAGCCGCACGCUUAGUCCUAACAUGCGGCUACCGAGUCCGCAACAUCCUCCCUCCCUUCGUGUUGGCGCCAGUCCUCUACCCGCGGUAACAACAUACGAUACGCGCACGGUGACCACGGCUGGUUACGCACCGUCGGGCCUGCAUGCACCGAUAACCCAUCACCAUGCCUCUACCACGCCUCCUCGCUGGGAUGCACCCACCCCGAGCUACAGCGACAGUUAUCCCAGCCUGGCAUCUCACCACACCCAGGGUGGACAUGCCGUGUAUACGAAUGCUACCGCCUCGUACAAUGACGCCGGCGUGCCGCGCGCAUAA